GCAUCAGUGCAGUAGUACUGGGAUAGUAGUGUCUGUAGUUUAGUAGUUAUUGCAUGCUGCAUGCUGCUUCUGCUUGCUACAGUCUGCUUACAGCUACUGCCACCGACUAGCCCUUGUGCAAGGGGCAAAAAGAGGAGCCAAGAUCGUAAGUCUCCUCCUGUCGGUACACAGCCUCUCCACCGCCAAGACUCCUCGUGGCCACACACGGUAACUGGGCCCUAGCGGACCCAGGCUGAACUGUAGGGGAUCUCGGAGCAGCAGUGGGCCCCAGAGGCACGUUGUGCAGGCCCACCAAGCAGUGGACAUGCCCAUGCACCCGCCAACCACUAUGGGUAAAUAGUCCCACUGCCUUGUGGGUAGCCUAUAUAGGCAAAGGCUAAGGGAGCACACCCUGAAAAAAAAGACAAAAGACCUCAACGGCGGAACAGGCGGAGGAUGAUGGCUCACUUAAGUGUAGCAUCACAACGGCUGGGAAGGCGGAUGAAGGCUGCAGCAGGGAUGGGUCCCCAGUCGUCUUGGACUCCAUGCCACUGGACCCUGACCCAGACCUGCCAAGGACCGUGUGGUGGCUGUCUGUGCACCAGCCUCCCCACGUUAAACAACGCCACGCACAGGCGUCCUCCACAAAGGAUCCACCCUACCACUCCGGAUAAAUUCCUAUGGCAACCAGCAAGUGGCGACGGGGGCAGGUUUGUGUAGUCUGGAAGUCCCUAGUCAUGAGCUGGCACAUCAGGCGAUGGGUGUUAGAGUCAGUCGCUGGGCUCUUGGAACGAGGCAGAAGAGCUCUUCGGCAGCUACACCCAUGACUAAGCAGUCCUAUUUAGGAUCCGCUCUGCUUACCCCACAUGGGGAAGGGGCUAGAAAAAAGGUGCCCUAAAAAUAGCCUGCCUUAUAAUCUCCCAACUGGAUUACCGCGUCCAGAGGGAACAUCUCAUUUGCGGUCAGAAACUGGAUAACACCACUCUGGAAAGCGUGGAACACUUCCCCUACCUUGGCAGCAUUCUCUCGUCCAAAGCUGAUAUAGACUCUGAGGUUAACCAUCGCCUGAGCUGUGCCAGCGGAGCCUAUGCCAAACUCAGGACAAGAGUCUUUGAUGACCGAGACCUGAGGGCUCAAACCAAGCUCCUGGUCUAUAGAGCUGUGAUUCUCCCAACUCUGCUGUAUGGAGUGGAAUCCUGGACCACCUACAGCAGACACCUAAGAGCCCUGGAACUAUUCCAUCCAAGAGCCUUACGAAAAAUCUUGAGGAUCAACUGGGAAGACAGACGAACAAACUCCAGCAUUCUGGGGGAAACAAAUAUGCCCAGCAUCACUACCAUCAUAAUGCAGUACCAACUCCGAUGGACAGGUCAUGUCAUCCACAUGCCCAACAACAGAUCCUCUACUCCCAGCUAAAAGAAGGACAGCGAGCCCCUGGUGGGCCAAAGAAACACUUUAAGGACAAUAUUAAGACCAGCCUGAAAAAGUUUAACAUCACGUCAGGCGACUGGGAGAAUCUAGCGUUGAACAGGGACUACUGGAAAAAAGCUGUGCAGGAAGGUGCCGCACACCAUGAAAUAGAACUCCGCCGUGCCGCAGAAGCAAAGCGGCAACACCGCAAGGACAAACAGAGACAGGCUCCACCACCAUACACCACUUCAACCUUCCAAUGCCCACAUUGCAGCAGAAUCUGUGCAUCACGGAUUGGCCUUUACAGCCACCUGAGGAUCCACAAAUAAGACAACCCGACAGAGAGGACAGUCAUACUCGUUUCGAGUGACCGCCGAAGGAAGGGUGUGGUGUGCCAGCACUCAUGAAUAAAGGACUCUGAGAAAUGCAGCAACAGACUGUUGAGUGAAGUUGGAGUCUCUUCAGUGUCAGCGAAUGGCAUCGCCGGACCUUUUUUCACUCUGACACUCAGCUUGUUUCCUGCACAGCCGUCAGUCGCUCUACACCAUCAACAACAUGGCUAUACGCAGAAAAGACAGCUUCCUCUGGGGGAAAGCUCCACCAAAACUCCCCCCAGGAGAGAGGGGGCAGGGUGAAGGCAUCAAGAUUCACAAGUGUGAAUUGCUGGAUGACAUUCAGAAGCUGAGAAUGGAGAUUAAUCACGUCAUGCCAGAAAUCCACAGCCCUGAACCAAAGGAGCAGAAUAAAAAUGUUGUGAGGAACAGGAGAUUCAUACGAGGGAAAAAGAAAUUCAACAUGGACCCCAAAAAAGGUGUCCAUUACCUGGUUGAAAAUGACCUCCUGGAAUGGCGAGCAGAGUCGGUGGCCGAGUUUCUUUACAAAGAGGAGGGACUGAACAAGACCGCCAUCGGCAACUUCUUGGGAGAAAGGGAGGAAAUGCAUCUGCAGACACUGAAGGCGUUUGUGGGCCUGCAUGAAUUCUCAGACCUGAAUCUGGUGCAGGCGCUGAGGCAGUUUCUAUGGAGCUUUCGUCUCCCGGGAGAAGCUCAGAAGAUUGACAGGAUGAUGGAGGCGUUUGCAACUCGCUACUGCGACUGUAACCCAGGUGUCUUCCAAUCCACAGACACGUGCUACAUCCUGUCUUUUUCCAUCAUCAUGCUCAACACGAGUCUCCACAACCCUAAUGUAAAAGACAAGCCCAGUCUGCAGCGGUUUGUUUCCAUGAACAGAGGAAUCAACCACGGGGAGGACCUGCCCACAGAGCUGCUCACGAAACUGUACGCGAGCAUCCGCAGUGAGCCGUUCAAAAUCCCAGAGGAUGAUGGGAACGACCUCACGCUGACGUUUUUUAAUCCAGACAGAGAAGGCUGGCUCCUUAAAAUCGGUGGACGAGUUAAAACCUGGAAAAGGAGGUGGUUCAUUUUGACAGACAGCUGCUUGUACUACUUUGAAUUCACCACAGAUAAAGACCCAAUCGGGAUUAUUCCUCUGGAGAAUCUGUGUGUCAGGAAUCUACAAGACACAAACAAACCGUAUUGUCUGGAGUUAUAUAACCCCAAAGGACAAAAAAUCAAGGCCUGCAAGACGGAGAACAAAGGCCGAGUGGUUCAGGGUAAACACCAGUCUUAUAAGCUCAGUGCAGCCAGUGCAGAAGAACGGGACGCCUGGAUAGAAGCGAUCAGGGCAAGCAUCACCAAAGACCCGUUUUAUGACCUGGUGUCUCUACGAAAAAGGAAGGUCAUCAGCAACACUUCCUAACAUUAAGGAAACACAAGGCAUCAGAGGAAACAACAUCCGAGUUUGGAUCCUGGACAACGUGUUUUAUUGGACGAAUCAUACAUGUUUUUAUGACAAAACUAUAACCAAAACUGACUUGCACAGCAUUACAAAGAAAUGUACAAAUAGGGAACUAACACUUGAGUGAAGAGUGUGAAACGAUACAAAAAAAUCUAUAAGUGGUUCGGCAGUGUAAAGUCUUAACAAUACUUCUGCAAUGUGCACGCACGCACUACUGCUUCAGAGAUGGGACGCUACUGACAAACAUCUGCUGCAGGGGUGUGGCCCAGAGGGGUGGCACUGCCCGCUGAAAUCUGAUUGGCUACUUCUGGUGACCCCCGUACCAGACUCAGAAAAGUGAUAAGAAGUUGGCUUGUUAGUGUUAUGGGUGGAUUAAUGAAUGGGCCUAAUGCCAGCCAUUUCUUGUGGGAGAGAAAUGCUUAACAACUACAACAACAUGUACAACAACCACGAAGAGAUGCAAAAAAAAAAA